GUACCACAGAAGAAGAAAUGGAAGCCAUUGUACGCAUCAUUGGACAGGGAGCAGAGUAUUAUCACUCUCACUGACGGGGACAAACGCAAGCCCGAGCGAAUUGAUCUCUCGCGUUGUGAUUUCUUUCCUGUCCAUUCGCUCCUAUUUGACAAACAACACUGUUUCGGCCUCCUUCUCUCUUCCACGGGCGAACGCGAGGACUAUGUGUUUGCGGUAGAGCCGCCUUACUCCUAUAACAGUCCUCAAGCGGCUACUUCUGGAGGCGUUGGAGUUUCAUCGAGCGGUACUUCCGCCUCCACUUCUACUCCAUCGACCUCCAUGAGACUUCAGCACAGUAUAGGCGGUGCGUCUGCGUCCAACGCUGCUACCUCAUCUGUUAACAACAACAAUAGCAGCAUUGCCACCAACAACAGCACUGGUAGUAACAGUGGUAAUGGCAACAAUGGAGGUUCUUCUGCUGGUGCUGCUGCCUCGGACUUGGACCCUCAAGCCUACGCAGGCCGGUCGGAUACCUCGAGCAGUGUGGAUCUUGUCGCAGGUCUGCCAAGGUUUUGCGAUUUCGGUGACGCUACCAGUUCCACGUGGUCGAAGAUCCUCACCUCUGCAAGUGGGGGUGUUGGGGGUGGGGCAGGUGGAAGUGGCGGUGUCGGUGGAACCGCAGGCGGUCCUGCACCCAUCGACUUAGCGUACAUGCGGUGGUUGAAGGCCCUUGCUGUGCACUGUCGCAAUACUCGUGCUGAGACGGCGGUUGAUGCUGACCCCGAACGACGGCGAAGCGAGGUUCGAUGCUUUAGGACUCUUGAAGUGAAGUUGACAAAUGCAAAGCUGUUGCCAAUGCCACCAUCGGGAAGACGUGAGGGUGGCGGAGUCUACUCCGUUACGGUGGACGGAUUGGAGAUCGCGCGGGCCUAUAGUGGGGCCACUAAUCAGACAAUCACUUUUGAGUGCGUUCAAAUCUUAACUUCCACCAAGCAUGGAUAUGGACGUUUUAAAACGUUUGUCUUUCCACUUAGAAACUUCCAUUUACUUUCUCCUUUAAUUGGUCUUAAGCAGCUGGAAGCAUGUUCUUUUUUUCCACUCAGUGCAGGCAACUUCGAGUGUUCAAGAGCGGUUGUUUCUUUUUUUAGAGAAUUCCCCCACGGAUACAAAAAAGUCGAGGUGACUUACCGCGAGGAUAAAAAAAAACGGCAACCGGUGGUGUUGGCUGAACUGCAGCUGAUGUCUCGAAGACACAGCGCUUUGGUGAACAGCACCGGCGCUAUUUCCCAACCCUUCCCACUGGGCAGUUCAUCUGGUCUCGAGGUGGCUCUUAUGCCAGGGCGGAGUCGGACCACCGUCUCUAAUCCAUCGGAGGGUCCGGGGCAGUCCUUUCCAUGUCAGCCACCAACUUCACAACAGCAGCAGCAGGUGACUCUGUCCUCCAUGCCCACACCGAUAUGCUGCUUUCAGGAGUCUGUCUCACCACAGGCAACACUCAUCUACAGGGAGCUCUACGUUCUUCCUUUUCAAUGUUAUGACAAACUAAGGAAGGUUAUCACCUCACAUCUGGAGACAGAACUUGUCCCAGCCUGUACGUAUAUGUGGGAUGUUUUGGCUAGUGACCAGGGCAACUUCCAAUCAAGCCUUCUAUUAGCCUGCAUUGAAUCAAAGCGCCACUUGGAGUUAAUUGUCAAUCUCCUUAAGGCAGUCAUCCCCGCCGAUAAUCCGGCCGGUGCCUUCCGGUCGAAUGCUCUGGGGCAGUUGAUUAUGGAUCAGUACAUGAACAUGGUUUGUUCUGAGUGGCGACAAAAGUGCUUUCGUCGCGUCUUCAAUGAGAUCGCAAAGGGGGCGCCUAGUGCUGCUGGAGGCGCCGGCACGACCACUGCCUCGGCCAUCUUGCCAACAGCUGUCACCUCCACCGGGGCCUCCAGUGCCGGCACCACCUCACGAGUCGUCAGAUUCUCUUCAGGCGGAGAAAAAUCGGUCUUAGAAGUUGAGGCCUCUUCUUCAUCAGGGUCUGGCUCUUGCAAUACGCCUUUUGGCAGUGGCGGCAGCUCCGAGCUGCAUCGUGUUUCAACUUGCCCCCCACAACACCACAGAGAUUCGUCUCCGGUGGCAUCACACAGUUUCUCCCAAACUGGCUCCCGUGUUGACGUCUGUUCCACUCAAGCUGAGUGGUACUGCAGUCUGGUCGAAUUGCUUGUGGAAGACUUGCUUGAGUACGCUAAAGAAUUUCCCCUUCAAAUCCGCUGGAUCUAUUCCGAGUUGCAGACCCUCACAACGGUUGCUAAAAACCUCAUUGCUCUAACUAGUCAGAAACGCAGUGAUAAUGCUCUUCCCUCUGAGAUCUUCGAAUCUUGCCGAUCGAAUUUACUCAAUAAAUUCGCUCCGCACGUCUUGGUUGGGAUGACACUGUGUUGGAGCAGAGAGUCGGAGAAAGUGGCAGGUGGGGAUGGUGGUGGUGGCGGUGGCGGUGGCGAUGAGUUCGCCUUUACUGCUGCUGCUGCUGCCGCUGCUAACGAUAGUGAUGAUGCGAGUGGUGUCAGUGGCGAUGGCGGUGGUGUCUUUACUGUAGACAGACAUGAGGCAGGAUGGUGUUGGCUGGAGUGGAGACGUUGCCAAGAGCCACUGCGAAAUGACUGA